AUGGCACCGAAGGCUCGGGAUAUUGCGCCCACCACAUUUAACGGCAAGUCAGUCAAGGACGGCAUCACGCAGAUGAUCACCUUUACCGUUCCACAGCAAAAACUUAUGUGGGCACAUAUUGCUCGCCACGGCCUCGUCCCAGACACACGUUUGUCUCACAUUGACGAGCUACAAAAGGCUAUGGGGCUUGACGUGCUUGAGAUGUCUGCCUGGCUCAGAGUGCUUCGCUCCGUGGAUGACAGCCUCAAACGCAAGUGCGUGAUGCUGAGUAAAGCCGGCGUGAGCCCGACGCUUGAGACGGUCGAGGGAGCCGCUAUAUGGAGAUACGAGCCUUGGGUGCGCCGGUGGGCAGAGCCAGGGUGGAACGGCGAUCGAUUGAAGCCAAAAACACAAGGUGUGCAGGGGGGAGACGGGGGGACAGGGCAGGGGGAUGAACUGGAACUGGACGAGCAGUCUGUUACUUCCCAGACAUCUCCCAGGACCUUGGAGCAUCAACAGUUUGUCAAAGACCAGGUUUCUUUCAGAGAUGCCGAGUUCCCCAUCGACAAGGAACCUGUUAUAGAUACAGCCACGCGAGAUGGUGGUGGAUGCAACAUGGCAGACCGCACCCCAGAGCCGUCAAAAAACAUCAUGACGGGCUUCAUCAGUCAUUCUACCAACCAUGAAUCCAGAGCCAACAACUUUGCACCCCAGACUCCGCUCAAUAUGAGUUCUGGGGGUGUUGGCUAUCCCCGCUUGAGGAUGCCGACUGAUUCCAGCAACCAUGGUGUCCCGUUGGUAGACACCAGUUUCCCAAAUGGCCCUCGGAUCAACACAUCUAAUGCCGUCUCAACCUCCAGCGAGUCUCCGGACCCAAUGGAGAUCCAUUCUUCCCAGAAAAUGGCAUCUCCCGCUGUGUCUUGGAGGGACUAUACAAGAGCAUACAUGGCGUCGGGUGCCCUGUUCCAUCCACAAGACGGCCUCUCUCGCCCACAAGCUCUCGAGCCAGCCGCCAUCUCGCAAUCUCGGCCAGAGGCCAGAAGCCAUCAGCAGCUUCACAUGGAACCUGAGAUGAGGGAACGAACUCGAUUUGCCAACCUAGCACGACCCGUGGCCGAUACCAACGCUCGAUCUACAGCGAGACGCUUGGAGGACUUGCUGCUGCAGCCAGGCACCAGGAUCGAGCAGCAGAUCCAAGGGAUCAGCCCUUACCACGAGGCUCCAGCUCAGCGACCAGCCUGGAUCGAACAGAGUGAGCGAGCCGAGGCACAUGGAGAGGCACAGGGAGAGAAGCCGGCCGAACUGCCGACUCUUGAGCCAAAGACGGCCCGUCUCCAAUCUCCAUUCGAAGUCGAGGGAGGAGAGCAAGUCGGAGACAUGGAUGAAGCCCGACAUGUUGACCUGGCUUGGGCCAACUACUACCUGCAGCCACCACCCCAGAGAAAGAUGGACGAAACGAACAAGCUGAGAGACGAGGUGCUCCUGAACAUGGAUCGAAGCGAGGCUGCAUCAAAGUCCAAGGUUGCUCGGGAGGAGGCUGAGGUGAGAGAAGGAGUGACACCGCACGAGGGCCAUUUCAACGUCCCAUCAGCAACCUCGAGCGACGCUUCUUCAUCUCAAGAGGAAUACCUUGCAGUGACAGACUGCGCUGAGGCUAGAGAUACGACAGGUGACGGGGUGCCGACAACAAGUUGCCAGAGGACUUGCACAUCUCAGCUUGGAGAUGACCCAGCUGAAGCGGCGCCAACCAAAGGCCUAAAGAUGGCCAGCAAGGGUCUGAGUUCAUCUCACUUUACAACACAGCGAGCCACCUUUUUGAACCUUGGAAACGCUUCCAAGCAUUCCGAGCCUCGAAGGGUUUCCAAGCAUUCUGAGCUUCGAGAGGCUCCCAAGCAUUCCGAGCCUUCAACCAUAGCUCAUCCUGAAGCAAGCCUGUCAACCCCAGCCCCGAAGACGCCAACGGGCUCCAUGAUGGACAUGGCUUCCACCAAACAAAAGCCUGUAGCACCUCCCAUGAGGCCCUCGACAAGGAACCACGGGAAACCGAUGCUCUCUGUAGCUCCGGCAACGUCAAGCAUGUCCCGGCUCGCGGUAACGAGCCCCUCCGUCGUCAACGUCCGAGGUAGCCCCCAGGCCGAAGUGGAAUCUUUUCUCAAGUAUGCUCUCCGCGCCAGAGACUUGACCAUGCAGCUUUCGACGCUUGGUGGUGCUGGGGACGCGAGCGGUGAGUUGAAGGACCUCAGACGCCGCCAUCAGCGGGCCUUAGAGAAGAUGGUACAGGCCAAGGACAAAGUCAACACUUGGGUAGGAGAGGAGCUCGGCUGGGGAGCCCAGGCUGAGGGAAUGGGUACGACGGCCUGGCUGCUUGGGUGGAGAGAUCAGUGGUGAGGGAUGGGGCCGUAUUUAUGUGAUCUUGCGGCGAGUCAGGUCAAGAAGUCGCACAACCGUUUACGGUUAUCGAGGAUGGGCUGUACCUGCUACCCAACUGCAAUCUCCUGUAUUUGGGAUACUUGAUGGAUCAAGUUCGAUGACCGGAAGACCAUACCGAGCCCCGUGAUGACGUCUUACAGCAUUUUCGGGGCAGCUUUUAGCAUGUACUUUGGAUUUGCUGGACCACGAUAACUUGAUUGCCG